AUGGACGGAGUCAGUACUGUCGCCAAUGUUGGGCAAAUUGCAGGUGGAUUGUUCAAGCUGAUAGAAAUUCUUCAUAAAAUACAGCAAGGAGGAAAGCAAAGGCUCCGUCUACUGACCAGUAUCAGCUCGCUAUGGACGGUGCUGACCUCAGUACAGUCGGCGCUGACUACCGAAGAUGAUGAUAUUGUGAAGGACUGCCCAGAAACCCUGAAGUCACUGUUCAACGACAAUGGGGAGUUCAGCCAAGCUACAAGGGUAUGGAAACAACUGGAAGAACGUCUCGAGCCGAAAGGGGGCUUGAGGGGAGUCAUUCAAGAUCUCAAAUGGCCUAUGACAAAACUUGACGUUGAGAGUUGGGUGUCGCAGCUGGAUCGACUGGCAAGCACGAUCAACUCUGCACUGACUUCCUCGACAUAUCUAGCAUUGCGCGAAGUACAAAAAGACACUAAGGCCUUAAAGGCGGCGACUUUCGAUCAAAACCUCGAAGCGUUACUAAGUUGGCUCUGCCAUUCUGACUUCUUCAAGCAACAGCAAAAGUUGAGCAGCCAAGUUCACGAGAAAACCGGGCAAUGGUUCUUGGAGACGUCAGAAUUCAAGUCGUGGAUCAAUGGCACCGACAAAACCCUUUGGUGCGACGGGAUCCCUGGAGCAGGAAAAACUUAUCUGACUUCUAUUGUGGUUGAACACCUGAGGAAAGUGCAACCAAACAUGGUCCUUGUCAUAUACUGUGGCUACAUGGAUCCUCAGGACCAGAAAAAGGGUAAUGUAUUAGCGGCGCUUAUCAGGCAGAUGAUACAGCUACAUCCGGCACUUGCAGAUGCCCUCAAAGAAAGAUACAAAGCGUACUCGAGUCAAGGCAGACGGUUCUCGACUGAAGAACUUCAUGAAAUCUUUCGAGCGCAACUUGCGCAAGUUGGGAAUACUUGUAUCAUCGUUGAUGCGCUUGACGACGUUGCUGAGGAAUACAUGCGGUACGAAAUUCUUGAUACGGUCAUCUGUAAAGACACAAACGUUAUGGUCACUUCUCGCCCUCUUGAAAUCAUCAAAGCUCUCUUCGACUUCGAUUGCUCAUGCGACAAAUGCCAGGAUGCCACACCCAGCUUGUACAGGUGCAGAAAUUGCAUGGACCAAUCAAAUACCUUAUGUGAGGCAUGCUAUGGCGACUUACCAGCGUGCGAGAAUGGUGGUCAUUCAAGGAAUAGAAUCUUUGGGGCAUAUCGACGAGAGAUCGUUGCCCCGGAUGCUGAUAUCCAUAAGUUUGUCCAAUGGCGCAUCAAUAGGUCCGAGACCUUGUCGAACAUUGUGAGAACGAGGAGCCAUCUACGGGAGAAGAUUGCCACUACCGUUGUCGAACGCGCUGGUGGAAUGUUUCUCCUCGCCAAGCUGCACAUGGACGCACUCACUCCGAAGCGGACUCCUCGUGCUGUGUGGAAGGCGUUGGAAAUACUACCUGACAGCAUCGACGACACAUACGAUCAAGCAAUUCGACGCAUCAGACCAUCCAAAGAAGACACAAAUGAGGAAGAUUCCAAGUAUGCUAUGCAUCUGCUAAUGUGGAUGACCUAUGCCCGACGACCUUUGACGACAGCAGAAAUGGAACAUGCUGUCACGACCUCUUACAGCAUCUGGAACGCGACAGAAGACGCAUCAUUGGUGUCGGAAAUCGAUGACAUCGAUGUUGAUGAAAUCCUUAGCGCAAGUGAGCUGACCUCGAUGUGCGCGGGGCUUGUGAUCAUCGACGCGAGCAACAAGGUUCUCUUUGUGCACUUCACGGCUCAGAAGUAUUUCCUGUCUCAUGCCGAGAAGCUUUUUCCAGAUGCUCAGCUAGCUAUUGCGCACUCUUGCUUGAACUACUUAUCUUUACAACCUUUGCCACAUGACAUAGAAUAUCUAGAGCGGAGACUGGAGACUUACGCACUUUUAAAAUACACUUGUAACCAUCUUGGUCGGCACGUUGCUCAGACCGAGGCAGAUGUAUUGACAGAAAUGGUAGUCGAAUGGCUGAAAGACCAGGCGCACGUCGACAUGGUGGCUCAGAUCUUACGGCUCUGCGGUACCGUAGGCGGAGAAAUGCCCCUGAUUUUUCAUCAAGGACUGCUACCACAACAUCUCGCAGCAUACUGGGGUCUUGAAGAUAUUAUUUUCAGGCUACUGCGAGACCAAGACUACUCAGCCAAUAGCCCAUAUCCGGGUCAUAGAUCUCCUCUGUCGCAUGCCGCUUGGAAUGGUGACGCAUCUACAGUAGGCUUGUUGUUGGAGGCUGGAGCAGAUCCGAAUUUAACGUCGAUGGACGGUAGCACUGCCUUACAUUUCGCCGUUCAGCGUGACGAACAAGCGGUUGCUGGACUUCUUCUCGGUCAUCCGGGGCUCAAUCUGGCCACUAAAGAUCGAACAGGUUUCACACCAUGGAUGUUGGCCGUGCUGUUAAGCCGCCACGCAAUGGUAGAAAUUUUUCUUCAACAACCUGGUUAUGACAAUAUGGCUGAGAGAUGUCGCGGCUGGACAGCGCAAGAUUACGCAAAGUUCAACCGUGAUGAUGAGAUGAUCGAAAUUCUAAGGCAACACUCUACAACAUCCACGAAACGUAAUCUAAGAGUAGAAGCAGCUUCGGCAGAUGAAGCUCCAAUUCAGCCUCGCGUAGAUGACUCUUCCGACCGAAAGAAAUGA